AUUAAACAUUGUCGUGAGCUGUUCAUGGGAAUAAAAUGCAAGAGAUGAGUUGUCGAGGCUCUUCGAUGCAAUUCAUUACCCACUUCUUGGCGUUUCUCAUUCAGUGGGCUUUCUUGGUUUCGAGUCAAAAUAACUUGGACAAGUGCUGGCAAUCUCCACGUGGAUCUCGGAACAAGGCGUUUUUCCGAUGGUCCAGACUUGACCCCGACUACUAUUGGCUGCCUUCAGACACGUCUCGUCAACUGUUUUGCGGGAGAUGCAAAUUUCCCCAAAACCUUCUGUCACUUGAGUAUAAAGGUGAGCACCCGGGUAACUUCAUAGCUCUUCACCCUUAUGCUUAUGGCAUGACGGGUGAGGCUGGAGUGAAAGGCGGAGGACAUCUCAUGUGUGGAGUUAAAGAUCCGGGCUUUGAAUACACGACUUUGGAGGAUCGCUCUCUUGCUCCGUAUACGGAAUUUCCAGCUUGGACGGGUGAUUGGUUGAACUUCAUUCGGCGAUUCGAUGCUUUGGAUGUCCAAGCUCCCUCGUAUUGUUAUGGUUAUGUGUGUCCGAUGGUCAUCCGGGUAUACAGCUCCGCUUUCCACAACAUGGACUUCAAUGGGUACUACAUUUCUAAUUUUGUGGGCGAGAAAGUCAAACAUCAGCCCACCUACAAACAUUCGUCCAGGAAUCUUUAUAUAUGGGCUGUGAGUUCGAGUAAGUAUUUAAUAAGCAAAUUUCCGUCCCGAAAUUUUGAGGACUGCCCUCCAUACCUGGAAAUUGAGUACGAUCAACCUCGCGAUGUCCUCUUUGACGAUAUGGGCCUUAAAUACUGCUUCAGUCUGCAUGCUAAUCUACGAUGGAAGGAGGCAAUUCUAACUCAGGAAAAUAAAACGGUAAUGAAGGCAUUGGAAGAUGUCAAUGUAAUCAAUCAACCAUUACAAUGCGGAAUCAAUUAUCGAGAGUCUGAAAAUCACAUGUUCGCCUCCGGCCUUCAACCAUACGUCGUUCGAAUCCAAGUCGAGCGCACCCAAUGCGUUGGAACAUUGAUCUCGCCUCAACAUGUUCUCACUUUGGCCAAUUGCUUUUAUGCUCAAGAGGACUUAUUUGCUUUAGAGGAAAAAAUGAUGAGCAAAUGUUCCGCCAAAUCUAAUCCUACGGCCAACUACACGGAUUGCAAUCGGUUUUUUACAGCGCCAGUCAGAGCUGAUGGCACGUCACUCUCGAUGACAAUCCAGCCCUAUCAUAGUGCUUACGAUAAAUCCAUGAGUCCAUUAAACGUGGAAUGGAUCGAAUUCCACCCCCUUUUCUCUGGCCAAGAAUUCGAUUUGGCCAUUAUUGGGUUGGAUGGAGCUAUUCAAAGGAAUUCUCAACUUUAUCCCAUCUGCCUGCCUAAAUUCGAUGGGCAUGUGUUAUAUCGACCAAGGAAGUGGGAAAACUAUCAAGUCUUGUAUUCCCUCAAAGCUGUCUCCAAAGACCAACGCUUCAGUAGGUUUCGGACGGACGUCAAUGGACCUGAGAAAUUUGUGCCUUGUAGUGUGAAGCCUGAGGCUGCCAUUCCAGAAUCAACGUUCAUCCACGAUUAUUGCUAUUUUGAAGAUUCUGAGGGAAAGUCUGAGUACAUUGAUCCACCAAUUGUACUUGGUGACACUAAAAUCACCAUGUGGGGCGAAGUCCGCCAAGAAGAUUCUCCAUAUUACAAAAAUCGACGAGCUAUUAAUAAGUAUCAGUGUGAAUACUUUUACGAAGUCCUCGAGUACGAAGAAUCACGCUCUGACUUAAAGGAUGAGGAUCGACAAAUCCGGAAUCUACAACGGAACGUGCUCGAAUGUUUCGCCAUGGUCACUCUGGAGUUUGCCAAUCCCAACAGAAGAGGUGUUCGUUGCUAUGAGCGAAGAAAGAAAUGUCUCAAGGAUUUCGGAUGGUGUCGGGUGGGUCGUGGAGAUUUUGGGUUUUGCAGCGAGGCCAAUGUUCUUCCGGAUAAACCCGAGUCUCGUUAUCCCCUCUUCGAAGUCCAAACCUUCAUAUACCCCAAGAAACAAUGCGAAAACGGAUCUCUUUUGGCGUCAACGACUCGUAUAUGUACCGGUCAUAUAACUCGAUCGGCGACGGAAUACAUAUUUUUGGUGGAACGGGACCUGAUUGCUAGUCGACCAAGCUUGACCUACGGUCAAAAUAGCGAGGUUGUGGUGUACGAGGUCGUUGAAUAUAUCAACGGAAUCCAAAGACCGAUGGUUCGAGCCCGGGACGAGUUCGGGAGAUACCGCACCCUGAAAUCAUCUUUGGAAGGAGUCUGUCAUGGAGCGGGGGGCGAGGAUGAUUAUGAUAACGGAUCACCGACUUAUUUCAGGUAUCCAAUUCAAGAGACAUGGACUGGACAAGACCAGGAACCAGGAAACUCGUACGCAGUCUUGUACAGCUUGCAAGGGAUGACAGGGCGAUUUUGCAACUUCGAGGAAUAUUACGACACUGAGGUUUUGGUGGCACACUCUGAAGUCAUGGGUUGGAUCAACGAAGUCAUUGGCGAAGUCGAGGGAUUUCGAAAAUUUUACGAUCCAGCCAUAAGUGAGAUUAACAUGGACUUGAAACAACUGGAAAUUACGACCACAGCUUCCACAACUCGACUAGCCAAAACAACGACGGACUUUGCCAAGGCUUGGGGAAAUUCGGAGCCAUUCGUUCAUUACAAAGACCGGCUUGGAACAGAUCAAUAUUUGCCUCCGGAUUUCCAACCCUAUUGGCCCCGAAAUCAGUUGAUUCAGACGAAACCCCCAUUGAUCUACUUUGAGAAUUACGUUCUCGAUGAUUGGGACCGAAAUUCUGGCCAUUUUAAAUCCUGCAACAUUGGAGUAUACCUUGUAGCUAUUCUAACAAUGUGUUUAUUUUCAUAAAUGAAGCAAAGUUUCCCAAUCGAAAA